GAGCAGGCAGGCUGCACUGCAGGGUGUCCCUGGCUGCCAUGAAGGUGACAGGAGCUCUGGUGAGGGCAGCUCUUGCCCUUUGCUGCUGCUUGGGUACUGCCUUUGGAGUUCAGCUUGAUUGCAGUCAGUACCCCAAGGGCAUUACCAAGGAUGGGAGGUCCUGGGUAGCUUGCCCAAGGGACUUGAAGCCGGUGUGUGGCACCGAUGGCAACACGUACAGCAACGACUGUGGGAUCUGCCUCUACAACACGGAGCACGGCGCCAGCGUGGAGAAGGAACACGAUGGAGAAUGCGACCCCAAACCUGUCGUGGUUGAUUGCAGUAAUUACCGAAGAGCUGUAGUAGAUGAUCACGUCAUGGUAGCGUGCCCAAGGAUAAUGAAACCAGUCUGUGGCUCAGACAGCUUCACUUAUGACAAUGACUGUGGGAUCUGUGCCUACAAUGCAGAGCAUGACACCAACGUCACCAAAUUACAUGAAGGGCCCUGCAAGGAAUCUGUUGCUGUUGACUGCACCAGGUACCGAACACAGACCACCAAGGAUGGAAAAACGUUGGUAUCGUGUCCCAGGGACCUGAACCCCGUGUGUGGCACAGAUGGCACCACGUACGACAACGAGUGCGCGAUCUGCGCCCACAACAUGGAACGAAGGACCCACGUUGGCAAAAGGCACAGUGGACAGUGCAGAGAGAAGACUGCUGAGCUUGACUGCAGCAAAUUCCCAGCCAGGAAGGUGAAGGGUGGGAAAGACCUGGUGCGGUGCCCCCGGAUCCUGCGCCCAGUGUGUGGCACAGACGGGUUCACUUACGACAACGACUGCAGCAUCUGUGCCCACAACGUACAACACGGGUCUGAUGUUAAGAAGAGCCACGAUGGAAGAUGCAAGGAGGAAAGCACUCCUGUUGACUGCAGCAUGUACCUGAGCGGUGCCAAGUCCGGCGAGGCCAUCGGAGCCUGUCCCUUCAUCCUGCGCGAGAUCUGCGGCACGGACGGCGUCACCUACAGCAACGACUGUGCCCUGUGUGCCCACAACAUUGAGCGCGGAACCCAGGUUGCCAAGAAGCACGAUGGAAGGUGCGAAGAAGAAGUUACCCAGCUGAACUGCAGCCAGUACCGCAUGGCCACGCUGAAGGAUGGCAGCAAUGUCAUGGCCUGUGCCAUGAUCUAUGACCCCGUCUGCGGCUCCGACGGCGUCACCUACGCCAGCGAGUGCACCCUGUGUGCCCACAACCUGGAGCAUCGGACCAACCUUGGCAAGAGAAAGAACGGACCCUGUGAAGAGGAUAUUACAAGGGCCCUUUGCAAGCACGUCACGGAGGUCUCUCCUAUCUGCACCAUGGAAUACAUGCCCCACUGUGCCUCCAAUGGCCAGACCUACAGCAACAGAUGCACCUUCUGCAACGCCUACCUGGAAAGCAGGGCAACUCUCAACAUCAUGAGCUUGUCUGAGUGCUAAGUCUGCUGGACUUCAGCCCAGGAAGACAAACUCCCUUCCAUGUGACUUCCCAGGGGCUGACCUUCCCCAGUAACAUCCCUCCAGUCUGCCUUGUUUCCUUAGCUCCUGAAACACUUCUUCAAUAAACUGACUUGGCAACAUU